AUGUUCCCGCCAAACCCAGACGACUGCGACGAGUGUGUGCCGGACUAUGCCCGCCAAUCGAGUCCCAUGGCUGUCGCCGUCUCCGCCUUGCCUUUUAUCCUUACCUUUCUCGGAGUGGCCUUUGUAGUAUCGCACAAACUGUUCCCCAUCUUGUCGGGCUAUACACAUCGCAAAGCGCAGCAUGAAAACCCGCGUCCUUCCAACCUGGCCCAGCGCGACAGAGCUUCUUUCUUCCGGAGCUUACGCCCGACAGCAACCUCGCUCGCAAGCAUCAUAUUCUCCACCAACUUUGCCCUCUCUGCCGUUCUAGUCGAACUGAUUCUAUGCGAAAUCUCAAACACCAUUGAUCGUGCUACUCGGUCCCUAGCCCUCAAGAUCACGCUGCCCUCGCUACUCUUCCUUCUUGUCGUCGCGACACCGGCCUUCGAGAUACACUCCUUCAUAUCAGGAACAGGCUUGGAAUUUCGGGGAGAACGCUCAUCACGACGUAGAGCAGCAUGGGCUUUGGAGCUAGCUGGCCUGGCAGCCUGGCUCGCCUGUUUCUGGUACCUGGGACGAGGGAUUCUAGGCUCGUACCUACACGAAGCAUCGUAUGAGCACUCUCAUACUUUUAGUGAGGGUUGUCUUGAAAGAAUUGGAAUAAUUGGCAUCAGCUUGAUGGCUUCCCUCGCUGGCUUUGCUGCCAUAUCUGCCCUGUGGCACACGUUCGGUGUCCGGUACAAGCCCGUCACGGAAUCGGAUAUUGCUCGCAAACAGGCUGGGCUCCAGGCAACAAACGACAUGCUCUUGGUCAAAGAAAGUCGACUUCGCGCAAUCGAGCGUAAACUGUCGGAGAAUCCUCAACAGGGUUUCAUGGGUCGAGUGGUCGGCUCGAUUCGCGCCAAUCCGGAUGCGCAGGAACGAAGCACUCUGCAGUUGGAAAUACAGGGCCUUGAGACGAUGCGCCAUUCACUGCAGAAUUCAAUGACUGUUCUCCAGAACAGACGACAAUCGCAGCUGCGCGCACACACUGCACAUGGACGACUGUUGAACCUGUUUUCGUAUGUAUUUGCAGUCUAUUGCGCAUACCGUAUCGGUGCAACGACCAUCAGUACUCUCCGUCGCCUCUCGUCUCCCAACGCAAGCUUUUCGAGCAGUGAUCCAAUCAACAAUGUCCUCGCUCUCCUGGCAAAGCACUGGGAUCCGACCAUUGAUCGAGUGGCAUGGAGUCGUACCAUUUCGUUCCUACUCUCCGGCGUCAUGCUUCUUCUUUCAUUCAACAGCGUCUUCCAGACAUUUUUGCUAUUUGCGAAGGUCGUGCCUGGCCUGUUGUACCACACAAAGACAAACUUUGCACUCAUCAUCUCGCAAGUGGCAGCAACCUAUGUCAUCAGCUCGGCGCUGUUACUCCGUAGCAAUCUGCCACCGGAAAUGAAGAGCAGGAUAGGAGAUGCAUUGGGUGCGCCAUUGGAGCCUAGAUUUACAGAGAGAUGGUUUGAGGGCUGGUUUCUAGCUGCAAGCGCAGCGACAGCCCUAGGAAUCUGGUUGGGUAAACGAUUAAAGGGAAGUGAAUGGGAUGACGACGGAGAUGGAGGCGACAUAGACGUAGAAAUGGGGAAGCGGAGCACAUAG